GGCACGCGCGAGAGAGGGAUGGCUGUUGGCUCUAGAAGCAAGUUGAGACCGGCGGUUCGCCCUAAAAUUGUCAAGAAGAAAUCGAACAAGUUCGUUCGUUUCCAUGCCGACCUUUUCAAGAGAAUGGCUCAAUCCUGGAGGAAGCCCCACGGUAUGGAUGGUCGCUUCCGUAGGCAUUUUAAGGGUACUCCCAAGCACGUCAAGAUCGGAUAUGGUUCCAACAAGAAAACGCGUUUCUUGAUGCCGGAUGGUUUCCUCAAGUUCCGUGUCUCCAACGUUGCCGAGUUGGAACUUCUCCUUAUGCACAACAAGAAGUAUGCUGCUGAGAUCGCACAGAACGUUUCUACCAGGAAGAGGAAGGCUAUCGUCGAGCGUGCUGAGCAACUUGGGAUCAAGGUUACCAACGGCGACGCUAAGUUGCGCGCUGAGGAGUCAGAAUAAAUAUAUCGGGGUAGAAUGAAAGGGCUAGAGUCAACAAACUAUUGAUCAGG